AUGAACGAAGAAAAAGUGCCAUUAUUGGGGCCAGGACCUUCCAGGAGACCUAUCAAAUUUGAUGAACCGGAAUCGUCCGGUAGCUCAGAUUCUUUAUCUGUUACAUUACAAUCGAUCGAAGCAAAAUCCUAUGGGACCAGUUUAAGUUUUGCAGGAAAAAUUGUACAAAUAGAAGACAGAAUCACCUAUACUUGGAAUAACAUCAAUGUGUUUGUUAAUUGCGGUGACAAAUCCAAGAGGAAAUUUUUGUGUUUUGGUAAAAGAACAGACGUUGGUGAAGAGAGAAAACAUAUUUUAAGAAAUGUGAAUGGAAUAGCGUACCCAGGAGAACUUUUAGCUGUAUUAGGAUCAAGUGGUUCUGGAAAGACCACUCUUUUGAAUGCUUUAACUUACCGGUCUUCUAAAGAAAUAACAAUAACUGGUACAAGAUGCAUUAACGGGGUGCCAGUAAAUUAUAAAAAAUUAACCGGUCUAUCGGCAUACGUUCAGCAAGAUGAUUUGUUUAUACCAACAUUGACUGUUAAGGAACAUCUUAUUUUUCAGAUGAAAAGAGUUGAGGAAGUUAUAUCAGAGUUCGUUCUAAAGAAAUGCGAACAUACUCAAAUAGGUUUUACAGACCAAGGUGGACUCUCAGGAGGAGAAAAAAAGCGACUUUCUUUUGCAGCUGAAGUUUUAACUAACCCCGUUUUGAUGUUUUGCGACGAACCCACUUCAGGUCUAGAUUCUUUUAUGGCUCUCAACGUACUACAGGCUUUAAAAAACAUGACACAAACAGGAAAAACCGUCAUUUGCACCAUUCACCAACCUAGCUCUGAGCUGUACGCUAUGUUUGACAAACUGAUGUUGAUGUCUGAAGGACAAGUGGCAUUUUUGGGGACAUCAGAAGAGGCUGAUCUGUUUUUUCGAAGUUUGCAAGCACCAUGUCCAAGAAAUUACAACCCAGCAGAUUAUUAUAUUCAGUUACUGGCUGUAGUACCAGGAAGAGAAGAGUCAUGUAGACAAGCCGCGGCUUUGAUUUGUGAAAAAUUUUACAAUUCUCCAAUUGGCAUAAGACAAUUUGUUGAGUCAGCUGUUAUUAGCACUCCAGAUACAGACACAUUAGAUACAAUAUGGUUUACUGGAGAGAACAAGUCGCCCUACAAAGCAUCAUGGUGGACACAAUUUCGUGCUGUGUUGUGGAGAUCUUGGUUAAGUUUGAUGAAAGAUCCUUUAAUUAUCAAAGUUCGAACUUUUCAAACCAUGAUGACGUCUUUACUAAUAGGUUUAAUUUACUAUGGACAAGAAACGAAUCAAAAUGGCGUAAUGAACAUAAAUGGAGUUUUAUUUAUAUUUUUAACUAAUAUGACUUUCCAAAAUGUAUUCGCAGUUAUUCAUGUUUUCACAUCUGAGAUGAUAGUUUUUCUUCGAGAACAUAGAAACGGAAUGUAUCGAACAGAUGUUUACUUCCUGAGUAAAACGUUAGCAGAACUACCAUUUUUUAUCAUAUUGCCAGUGUUGUUUACAUCCGUUUGCUACUAUUUAAUUGGUUUAAACAGCAAUGUUUACAGGUUUUUAAUAACUUGUGGAAUUGUUACUUUAGUAGCUAACGCUUCUUUGAGUUACGGUUAUCUGGUAUCGUGCGUUUCUAGUAACACAUCGGUUGCACUUACAAUUGGAGCACCAAUGAUAAUACCGUUUUUAUUAUUUGGGGGUUAUUUUAUGAAUAUAAAUUCUAUUCCUAUAUACUUUCGUUGGUUAUCGUAUCUAUCAUGGUUUAAAUAUGGAAAUGAAGCUCUGAUGAUCAACCAAUGGGAGGAUGUAACUGAAAUUGAUUGUGGUCAGAGUACAGUGUGUCCAAGAAAUGGCCAUGUUGUAUUGGAGUCGUAUAGUUUUAAUGAAGAAAACUUCGCCAUGGACCUCAUUUCGCUCGUGGUCUUAAUAAUAUUAUUUAGGUUUCUAGCGUUUAUGGCACUAUUAAGAAAAACCUGUCAAAAAUAA